GGGGGUCAUGUGAUAUCUAGCAGUUCUGCCAACAAAUAAAGUGAACUGCAGUUCUUUCAAGGAAAGUCCUCUUUCUUUCAUACUACAGCGGCUAGGUGGUUUGUUGCAGCUCUGCUAAUUUCCUCAUUUCACUCUGAAAUCACAAAUUCAUUUUUUCUUAUUUUUUAGCUGUGGGCUCACUUGGGAGCCAGUUUGUGUCUGUGGAUAUGCUGACUGACAACAUGUUACUGACCGUCUUCUUUGUUUCAGGUGCUCUGGCUGCUUGUCCUAAAGAGCCAUCCCUAUUCAUUACUGCACCAAAGAACAUGGAAGCACUGAGUGGAUCUUGUCUGGUAAUCCCAUGUAACUUUAGUGCUAAAUCAGAUCAGGAAUUCAACAGCACAAGAACAACCUUCGGAGUGUGGAUUAAAACUGACUCCAGAGUUAGCAUCAAUAAAAAUAUUAUAUUCAACAGUAGUGGGACAGUUACCUACUAUCCAAUGAGUAUUACUGGAGACCUGAGACAGAAAAAAUGCACCACCUUGUUUUCCAGUUUAAUAACAAGUUACACAGACACAUACUUCUUCAGAAUUGAGAACAGGCCAUUUCUGGCAACAGCUUCUUGUGAUUCUCUUCAAAUAACAAUUCAAGAUUCCCCCCCGAGCCCCAGAAUUGAGAUCUCAGGUGAUCUGAAGGAGAAGGAGUCUGUCACUAUAAGCUGCUCAGCUUCCACUCCCUGUCCACACUCCCCUCCUAAACUCACCUGGAAUCUCCAACAAGACCCUCACAACAACAUAGAGGAGAACACAGAUCACACCUUCACAACUAAAAUCCAGAAGACCAUCACUCUGUCAGACACACAUGAUGGAUUCAACAUCAGCUGUUCUGCCACAUAUCCUGUGAAUGAAGGAAGAGAAGUCAAGACAGCAGACGAGAGAAAGACUCUCAAUGUUUCAUAUGCUCCCAAGAACACCUCAGUGUCCAUCAGUCCAUCAGGUUUGGUGUCAGCAGGUAGCUGGGUGAACCUGACCUGCUCCAGCAGAGCCAAGCCUCCCGCCAGCUUCAGCUGGUUCAACAACAGCAAAGAUAGAGCCAUCAGUGUAGCUGAAGGAGACUUUUACAGAGUCAAAGUGACCAAUGUCACUGAUGGAGUUUAUUACUGUGUGGCCACAAAUGAUCUCGGUAAACAAACAUCAUCAGAGAUCCAUGUGACUAAUGAAGGAGCAAAACAGGUCGAUCACUUUUCACCGUGGGGGGCGGUUGUUGGAGUGAUCAUUGGGAUCAUCAUACUCCUCUGUGUGAUCGUUGCUGUUUGGUGGUUAAAGACAAAACAUCCAACUUUACAACAGACACAGAGCCUAACAGCUGAGGAGCCAGCUGUUCAAGAGCCAGCCAGAGCUACACAAACAGAAGACAUCCAUUAUGGAGAGAUCGACUUCUCCAGGGCGAGACCUGAAGCGUCCUCGUCCUCAGAGCAGGACAGAGGACAGCAGCUGGACACGCUGUAUGCACAGGUCAAAGUUUCCAGGACAGCAAAGAACGUAAGACAGACUGCUGGCGGCCCAGAGGAUCUCUACGCUCAAGUGAAGAGAUAAAUGAGUUUAUGGACAUACACAGACAUGUUGGGUUUUGUAAAGAUUGUUUUGGGGGGCAUUUUUAUUUGACAGGACAGCUUAAGACAAGAAAGUGGAGAGAAAAGGGGAACAACAUGCAGCACAGGGCCCAGGUCGGGAUCAAACCCACAGUUGCUGCGGUAAGGACUGAGCCUUUGUACAUGGGCACACACUCAACCAGGUGAGGUGCCCCUGGACAAAUAUUUUAAUGUUAGUACUACAAGGAAAUAUUGGCUUUGCAACCUGAAUUUUUUUGCAAUACAUUUAAAGUGUGACAUUUUCAAUGUUGUUUAAUAAAUGACGAUGUGUAGUGUAGCGUGAAUUAAUCUUCACAUGAGAGACAGAUCAGCUGCUUCAUGGAAACUAUCAACAGUCUCUCUUUAGCAUUGUGUGCUGCAUGUUGGAUUCCUCUGCACUUUGUUUUGUUAAAGGACCAGUGUGUAGGACUUAAUUAGAUGGAGCUUGGCAGGAAUAUAAUGUUCAUAAUUAUGUUUACAUUAGUGUAUAAUCAGCUGAAACUUAGAAUUGUUGUGUUUCCGUUGGCUUAGAAAAAAACCUUCAUUUCUAGGGUCCUCUUCCACGGAGCCCACCAUGUUGCUACAGUAGCCCAAAACAGACAAAACAAACACUGGCUCUCACAUUAGUUCGCCAACAACCCCAAAACUGACACAAAUUAGACCAUGGACUCUCAUUUAAUAAGAUUUGUCCCAUGGUCCCCCACUUGAUAGGAUUUAUGCUUUUAGAUGUUUCAUUACAGCAUGUGUAUGAAAACAAUGACCAGAAUAGUCAUACAUUCUGUUAUUAUAUUGCCCUUUUUGCUGGGGACCCACUGGAACCCCUUUUAGGGGCCUCUUGGGGUCCAUGGACCUCACUUUAAGAACCUCUUCUCUAGAGAGAGCCUUUUGCGUUUUUAUAUUACCUGAAGGCCACUGUAGGUUCUCUACACACACGGGGUGAGGGAAGAGGAAUUCAGUCGGUUGCGAUCUGCAGCCUCACCACUAGAUGCCCCUAAAUCUGACUCACUGCUGCUUUAAGUCCUGUGCUCAUAAUAAAUGGCACAGAAGCUCAUAUAGGGCUCAGCUUCUUGCUGAAAGACUGUGACUGGACUCAUUGGUGAUGUUGGACAUUCCUUUAGUUGGUGUUGCAUGUUUUACGGUGAGACCAACCUGUUACCUAUCUCGCCUGAUAUGGCAGGAUGAGGUCACGGCACAUUCAGAGCGAUCCAAUGGUGCUUUGAUGGUCGAUCAGAUUAGUUGACCUGUUAUUGAUUUAACCUUAUGUGUGGUGCCCCUCUGUCUGAGUCUUUAUCUGGUUAUUCUCGUUUAAUGUUUUAAUCCAGUCAGUAUUCUGUCUUUUUCCAGUCACUGUUAUUAAUUUGAUUAUUUUUUUUAGAGCAGCUUCUUAUGUUCCAUUAUAUUCAGUAAUGUUUGUAUUUCUCUUAAAUGCUGGACUUUUUGUUUGCUGUAUUCUUUUUGAACCUGAGAUUAAAGAAUCAGCAAAGAAGAAGCAGAAGCCUGAAAUGUAAAAUUUAGGAACAAGAGGCUCCAGGUGAUGUGGGAGGAAGCUGCAACAAUGGGUGUUUGUGUGAAAUAAUUAGUUGA